CGGCGCCGUCGUCCUCAGUCGGUUUCGUGCCGCCGUCUCGGUCGGAGCUCGGCGCUCCUCCUCCUUCUCCCGCUGCUGCUCGCCGGCCGUCGCACGCCCCACCACCAAGUCCAGCCCAGUACUAUGGUGGAUUAUCACGCCGCCGGGCAACCCACUUAUCAGUACGGCGGCAACGGGCCGGGCAUCGGCGACUACAUGGCUCAAGAAGACGACUGGGACCGGGACCUCCUGCUCGACCCAGCCUGGGAGAAGCAGCAGCGGAAGACGUUCACAGCAUGGUGCAAUUCCCACCUGCGGAAAGCUGGCACACAGAUCGAGAACAUCGACGAAGAUUUCCGUGAUGGGCUCAAACUCAUGUUGCUGUUGGAGGUCAUUUCAGGUGAACGGUUACCAAAACCGGAGAGAGGAAAGAUGAGGGUGCAUAAGAUCAACAAUGUCAACAAAGCUCUCGAUUUCAUCGCAAGCAAAGGAGUCAAGCUGGUUUCCAUAGGGGCUGAAGAGAUCGUCGACGGCAAUGCAAAGAUGACCCUGGGCAUGAUCUGGACCAUCAUCCUCCGAUUCGCCAUCCAGGACAUCUCCGUGGAAGAGACCUCUGCCAAGGAAGGCCUGUUGCUCUGGUGCCAGAGGAAGACCGCGCCUUACAAGAACGUGAACGUCCAGAACUUCCACAUCAGCUGGAAGGAUGGCCUUGCUUUUAAUGCCUUGAUCCACAGACACAGACCAGAACUCAUUGAAUAUGACAAGCUCAGAAAGGACGAUCCAGUCACAAAUCUGAACAAUGCCUUUGAGGUCGCCGAGAAGUACCUGGACAUUCCCAAGAUGUUAGAUGCCGAAGACAUUGUCAACACGGCCCGUCCCGAUGAGAAGGCCAUUAUGACCUAUGUCUCCAGCUUCUACCAUGCCUUCUCUGGUGCUCAGAAGGCGGAGACAGCCGCAAACAGGAUUUGCAAAGUGUUGGCAGUGAACCAGGAGAAUGAGCACCUGAUGGAAGACUACGAGAAGCUGGCUUCUGACCUGUUGGAGUGGAUUCAGCGCACCAUCCCUUGGCUGGAGAACCGAGUCCCCCAGAAGACCAUGCAGGAGAUGCAGCAGAAGCUGGAGGACUUCCGAGACUACCGGCGGGUCCACAAGCCCCCCAAAGUGCAGGAGAAGUGCCAGCUGGAGAUCAACUUCAACACCCUGCAGACCAAGCUGCGGCUGAGCAACCGGCCGGCCUUCAUGCCCUCCGAGGGGAAGAUGGUGUCGGACAUCCACAAUGGCUGGCAGCACUUGGAGCAGGCGGAGAAGGGCUUCGAGGAGUGGCUGCUGAACGAAAUGCGGAGGCUGGAGAGACUGGACCACUUGGCCGAGAAGUUCCGGCAGAAGGCGUCGAUCCAUGAGUGCUGGACUGAAGGUAAAGAGGCCAUGCUGAAGAAGAAGGACUACGAGACGGCCACCCUGUCGGACAUCAAAGCCCUGAUCAGGAAGCACGAGGCUUUUGAGAGCGACUUGGCGGCUCACCAGGACCGCGUGGAGCAGAUCGCAGCCAUUGCUCAGGAGCUCAAUGAGCUGGAUUACUACGACUCGCCCAGUGUCAAUGCCCGCUGCCAGAAGAUCUGUGACCAGUGGGACUCGCUAGGGUCCCUGACCCACACCAGGAGGGAAGCACUGGAGAAAACGGAGAAGCAGUUGGAGACCAUCGACCAGCUCCACCUGGAAUAUGCCAAGAGAGCGGCUCCCUUCAACAACUGGAUGGAGAGCGCCAUGGAAGACCUGCAGGACAUGUUCAUCGUCCACACCAUUGAGGAGAUUGAGGGCCUGAUUGCAGCCCACGACCAGUUCAAAUCCACCCUGCCCGACGCAGACAAAGAGCGCGAGGCCAUCCUGGGUAUCCAGAGCGAAGCGCAGAGGAUUGCGGACUACAAUAACAUCAAGCUCUCCGGCAACAACCCGUACACUUCGGUCACUCCGCAGAUCAUCAACUCCAAGUGGGAAAGGGUCCAGCAGCUGGUGCCAAAGAGGGACCUGGCCCUGCAAGACGAGCAGAGCAAGCAGCAGUCCAACGAGCACUUGCGCCGGCAGUUUGCCACCCAGGCCAACAUCGUUGGGCCCUGGAUCCAGACCAAGAUGGAGGAGAUCGGGCGCAUCUCCAUUGAGAUGAACGGCACCCUGGAGGACCAGCUGAACCACCUCAAGCAGUACGAGCAGAGCAUCAUCGACUACAAGCCCAACAUCGACGUGCUCGAGCAGCAGCACCAGCUCAUCCAGGAGGCCCUCAUCUUCGACAACAAGCACACCAACUACACCAUGGAGCACAUCCGUGUCGGAUGGGAGCAGCUGCACACCACCAUCGCCCGGACCAUCAACGAGGUGGAGAACCAGAUCCUCACCCGGGACGCCAAGGGCAUCAGCCAGGAGCAGAUGCAGGAGUUCCGGGCCUCCUUCAACCACUUCGACAAGGACCACGGCGGCUCUCUGGGACCCGAAGAGUUCAAAGCCUGCCUCAUCAGCUUGGGCUACGAUGUGGAAAAUGACAGACAGAAGCGUACAGGGAGCAUGGACACAGACGACUACCGCGCCCUCCUUAUCUCCACAGGAUACAGCCUGGGCGAUGCAGAGUUCAACCGGAUCAUGAGCAUUGUGGACCCCAACAACAGCGGCUUCGUCACCUUCCAAGCCUUCAUCGACUUCAUGUCCCGGGAGACAACAGACACCGACACAGCCGACCAGGUCAUUGCCUCCUUCAAGGUCCUGGCUGGAGACAAGAACUACAUCACGGCAGAGGAGCUCCGGCGAGAGCUGCCCCCGGACCAGGCCGAGUACUGCAUUGCCCGCAUGGCACCUUACCAGGGGCCCGAUGCCACCCCGGGCGCCCUCGACUACAAGUCCUUCUCGACAGCGCUGUAUGGCGAGAGUGACCUCUGAGGCGGAGGCCGCGGCGGCAGCAACAGCAAGCGCUGGCGCUUUGGGGGGGUGGGAGCAACCGUUUGAUUUCCCUCCAUGCUGUAUUUACUUACUUACACACAGACACACACACAGACACACACACGGCAACGGGGACAGUCUCCUUCUUCUCCCUCCCUCUUUCUCUCUCCCUCUUUCUCUCUCUCUCUCUCUCUCUUUCUGAGGACAGAAUCCUGCCUCCACGCUGGGCGACUUUGGGAGCUACGUAACUCUUUUUUUAAUUGCAUAUUCUACGAACACUGUUACCUAUGCAACGGUCCUAAUCCUUUCCCCUCUUCCGAAUCUGGGGAGAAGCUCGGACUCUUUCCCCCUCCCCGAACCUCUCUAUUGCUAUGUGGGGGGGUGGGGGUGGGGGGUCCAGGGGCCUUUUCAGCCAAGGGAAGAGUCCGGAAGCAUCCAGGCAGCUGUGGUUCAGAUGGCUAUUUUUGUUGAACCGAGAUCCCCGUCUAUUUUUUGGUUUUCGUUUUGUUUUCCAGUUGAGCUUGGGGGGGGGCGGGGCGGGAAAGGCGGUUCCUGUGAUUUGCCUGGGCUGUGUUCUGAAGAUGGGUCCCUUUCUCUCCUGCGCGUGUUGUGUGUGUGUGUGGUGUUCCUUAAACUUGCGUGCCUGGAACUCCCAGCACGGAGGGGACGUGGAGGAGGGCGGCAUUCCCGCGCCGUGCAGAGCUGAAGGCCUGCGGGGAUCGGUUCUCUUUCCAGGGCAGAGUUUGGACACCUCGUUCCUCUCUGCCCCCAGGAGACACUUCCCACUCGCUACGCGAGGCAGUGUGGGGCCUGGACUCCUUGUGUGUGUCGUGGGCUGCCACGUAGCUCAGCAAGUGUGCCCGCCACGGUGGUUACUUGAGGAUGUCUGAUCUGUGCUGCUCCCAGCUGGUUUUCCCUCUCGUUGGCCACCUGGCUCCUCUGAUUGUGCCCAUAAUUGGCACCCUCCUCCAUGCUGGCAUUGCAUCCUCUACCAUGCCCCCUACUGAUUCUAACCUCCAUAGUUCGGCCUUCCCCUCCCCACUUGAAGAAAUUAGGUCUCUUCUGAUUUGGUGCUAGGUUAUUUUGGGGGAGCAGUUGUGCAGAGCUCUGUGAAGGGGUUGGGGAGUUCUUGUCUCAUGGUGUUCCACAGGCCAAGAGCACAGAUGUGGAGGCAGUGCCUCUCCUCACUGUCGGCUUAUUCACUGAUGCUCCUAGGGGAGUCACAAACAGUUGGGAGAGACAGCACCUGUUGAACACUCAUUCUCUUUUGCACGCAAGACCUCUGUUGUUUAGAGGCAGUUGGCAAGAAUUUUGGCUUUGUACAUCCAUCCGCCCUCCUCCUUCUCCAAUCACUGCAAGCCACCUUUUGUACACAGUUUGGUAAACAUAAUAUCUCAGCAAUAGACGCACAGAUGGGGGUGAAAUGCAGCACAGGUUGUGGUUUAUGCAAAGCAGAUUCACGUGGCGGGGAGGUCCUAACUUCCCACAGCUUGGGGGAAUGUUUUGGUAUGUUUGCGGGUCGUCUAGCAAGCAGGAGAAGCGAAAUAGAGAUGCCUAAAGAUGCUUCUGCAGGGGAACUUUGAACUGUUCAUGAAAAGGACACACAGCCCCAACCCCCCCCCCACCCCCAACCCCGAUCUCUCUUGCCAGCAGCAUUGGGGCUGCAGGAAAACCAAACAAGGCUGUCUGGUUAAUGAAGGGACGGAGAAGGAAGCCUAACACAGGAGUAAACUCCUUCGGGGUGCCUCAAAAGCUAUUCGCUCCUCCCAGGAGGGCAGGAGUGAAUCGCUUGUCCCGUCUUCCUCUGUCCCACCCCUACCCCCCCCUUUAAAUCCAUCGCUUCACGCUUAUAUAUAAAUAUAUAUAUAUCUAUUUUUUUGUAAUUUCUUCAUCAUGGUGUGCAGGGUUUUCUGAGGACCAAGUUUAAACAAGAGACCCCUGCAAAGAUCUUUUUUAAAAAACCAGAGAAAUUAAAAACACAGCAAAAUGGUUGCAAUUUAAUAACGUCCAGAUUUAUUAUUAUUAAAUAUAUAUUCAUCUAGCAUCGUAUAUUGCCGAUGGGUGUGUUAUUUCCCCUUCGCCCCUGCUCCCCGCCCCUUUCCUUUCAUCAUGUAAGUAACAGUUAUGGCUGACUGUAGCCCUGGAAACUAACAUUCCCAUAUGCCACUUUGUCGUCUGUCUUUUUUCCUCCAUGUUUUUUGGUUCUCCUUUUGUUGUCUGAGAAGGUUAGCUUAUUUUAUUACGUUUGCCACUGAAGGCCUGCCGCCUGGCCCACAGAAGGCAGCGCGAUUCAGCCGAUAGGGAAUAAAUAGCCUGCUUUUGUCUGCCUCUGAUCAUCCUCAUCAUCAUCAUCCUCACUGAGUCUGUUCUUAAAAGCUUUCUGGGGAAUCGACCCUCCUCCUUCCUCUUGGGAACAAUAAAAUGUAAUAUUUUUAAGGAUGA